GGGUUUUUUUUUUUCCUUUCUAUCUUUGUUCUCUCUCUCAAACCGCCUAGCUACAUGCGCUGCUUAAAUUAGCAAAGGCUUAAAGGUGGUGUGUAGGUUAAGAAGGGCAACUUUUCCUUUUUCUCACUUGGGCUUCAGUUAAAGUAGCUAAGAGAGGGAAUUCUGGUGUUUUCCAAAUGGUUAAAGCAGGUUUAUAGCUCAAUCCCACCGCGACAGUUUCCUCUUUUCCUCUCUCUCUCUCUCUCUCACUACCCUCUUCUUCUUCUCUUCUUCCCUUCCUCUCCCUUCUCUCUUCUGUCUUGUUAACCACUUCUUCCCUGUGGGUGAACAAAACAUAUUUUUCUCACCUGGGUCUUGCAUAAAAUUCUUGUUUUUGGAUUGGUUUAGGUAAUAGUCUCCUGCAAAGAUGAAACCUUUUGUUGAAAAACAUGUGUAUUUAUGUAUUUGUAUAUAGAUUUUAAAAUCGACAAUCUUUUUUCUUUUGGGGUUCUUGAAUUAUUUUCCUGUUUUCUGAGUUAAUUUAGAGCUUUUGAUAUGUUCUUCUUCCUACCUUUGAUGUGUUCUUUUGAUAUGGAUAAAUAAGGUUUAAAGUUAUGAAAAUCACAUAGUUUCAAUCAUUUUUUUCAUUUAGGAACUAUUUUUUUUAUUAUCAAACCCAUCAGUUUAUUUUCUGUCUUUUUUCUAGUUUAAGGAUUAUCAGAUCUCAAACGGGCUAUGGUUUCUGUUAUAUAGAGAAGCCAACUGGGAUAUGAGUAGUUGGCUGCUAUAUAAAGUUGGUUAUUGCAUAGAAGAUUUUAAGAGUUUGAGAGAAAGAAGAUAGCAUCUGCCACACCAAAAAAAAGGGAAACGAAGCAAUGAAUAAGAGUAAUCUGGGCUCUGUCAGCAGCUCUGAUCUCAUCGAUGCAAAGCUUGAAGAGCAUCAGCUGUGUGGAUCCAAGCAGUGCCCUGGUUGCGGACACAAGCUUGAAGGAAAGCCGGACUGGUUAGGUCUACCAGCUGGAGUGAAAUUUGAUCCGACGGACCAAGAACUGAUAGAACACCUUGAAGCAAAAGUAGAAGCUAAAGACAUGAAGUCUCACCCUUUGAUAGAUGAGUUCAUUCCUACUAUUGAAGGAGAAGAUGGGAUUUGUUAUACCCAUCCUGAGAAACUCCCAGGAGUAACCAGAGAUGGCUUAAGCAGGCAUUUCUUCCACAGACCAUCAAAGGCCUACACGACUGGAACAAGAAAGAGAAGGAAAAUUCAAACCGAAUGUGACUUGCAAGGUGGAGAAACAAGAUGGCACAAAACCGGCAAGACAAGGCCAGUCAUGGUCAAUGGCAAACAGAAAGGGUGCAAGAAAAUCCUAGUUCUCUAUACAAAUUUUGGCAAGAAUCGAAAACCCGAGAAGACCAAUUGGGUGAUGCACCAAUAUCAUCUUGGUCAGCACGAGGAAGAGAAAGAAGGAGAGCUUGUAGUGUCCAAGAUAUUUUAUCAGACUCAACCGAGGCAGUGCAACUGGUCUGAUCGAAGUGCAACAACUGUUGAAGGAAGCAACGACCCGAAUAACAGAAGAGAUAGUGGCAGUGGAAGUUGUUCUUCAAAGGAAGUAAUCCCUCAUAGAGAUGAAGUUUCUGGAGCUGGGGUUGCUGCUGCUUUAUCAAGUUAUGCCGGCGCCAUGGAUAUCCAACAGUUAAAAUCUGAUCAUUUCAGUUUCACCCCGUUUAGGAAAAGCUUCGAUGAGGUGGGGAUAGGAGAAGCUUCAGCGGCAAGGGAAGCCCCGACUCAAGGCACCUGCGAAGAGAUACGCGAGCAUCCGCGGCCACAUCAUAUGGCCCAUGAUCAUCAGCAUCAGCAGCAGCAACAGCACCACCAUCACACACAUCAUCAGCUUGCUACUACGGCCUUCCACAUCAGCAGGCCUUCACAUCCUAUCUCCACCAUCAUCUCUCCACCUCCCCUCCAUCACACCUCCAUCAUUCUUGACGAGGACUCCUUCCAUGUCUCCAGAAUAAUGCUUCAAAAUGAAAGUUUCCAGCAACAGCAUCAACAGCAACAACAACAGCAGCAGCAGCAGCAGCACCAGCAUCAUAAACUGGGAGGAAGGUCUGCAACAGGUUUGGAGGAACUCAUAAUGGGUUGCACUUCAACUGAUAUCAAAGAAGAGUCCUCCAUCACCAACCCACAAGAGGCUGAAUGGUUGAAGUACUCCUCCUUCUGGCCUGACCCUGACAACCAGGAUCAUCAUGGGUAGGAGCAAAUAUUAUAGACAGACAAACGAAACCUUACAGACAUCAUUAUUAUCAUCAUUAUUAGUACUUGAAGCUAAGCCUCGGUGAAGUUCUUUUCAGGGAGAGGCCAAGAAAUCAACCAUCUAUAGUUUGCUCUUUUUCUUUCUUUCCUAAUGGGGGACCUGAUAUAUAUGACUCUCAAAAGUCUCAAGUUCCCAACUGAACUAACUGUACAAUAGUCCAUGUUGGAAAGAAAGAGAAAGAACAAAAGGAAAAAGAAGAAAGAAAGAAAGAAAAACAAAGAAAAGAAAACCAGGAAAAGGCUGCUCUCUACUGACAAAAUAGAAGGAGAACCAAAGACCCAAAGCAAAUCCCUCCUGCAUGAAAAUCAUCACCAUUAUGAUUACGAUAUCAUCUUUAUGGCUAUUCUUAUUAUUUUAUUAUUUCAAGACUCUUGUAUAAUUUUCUUUUCUUGUUCUUUUCAAAGAAAAAUACCAAAGAGUUUGUGCAAAUUGCAACAAAUACUUUGUUAAUUGUGUUGUUGUUAGUCACUUUAUCUAGUAAAAUAUUCAUAUAGGGGGUUCACGAUUUCCCUUUAUAUAGAAAUGAAAAUAUUGGUUAAAGAAUUGUUUAUUA